AUGAGAGGACGGCCCAAGAGUGACACCACCAUUGAUGAGACACCCGAGGACAACCUCUGGCUACAACUGGGCUUUACUGUGGACUCUGAGACAGAGGCAGAUGGUCACUUGAAAGCAAUAGAAGCCAUAUCAAACACAUAUCAAAGGCAGUGGCAUUCAUGUGAUGGUCCAGGUCCAGAUUCCAUACAAGUUGAGCUGUGCUGGAUGGGCAUCUGCUCGUCAUGUCCCAGAGGUGUUCAUCGCCCACAUAGCAAGACUGCACAUCAACAACAAGCCUUCCAGACCCACCUGAGGCACACAGCGUCACCCCAGUACAGCCCCAAGUUGGUCUGGCUAGCCCCAAUGACGAUGAAAGCAGGAAACAUCAUUAUCACCUGCUGUGGUUGAUGAUGGUGGCUUCUACACAUACAC